AUGACAGGACAGUUCCCGCACCCGCCAGAAGACAUCAUCAUCGACUUUGGUUUCCUUGAUCAUGGCUGGUUGCUCCCUAAAACACCAAACACCAUCUUUGAGUUCAUCCUUGUUGGCCCUUUACCCGGAUAUGCAACAAGCACAUGGUACACCGGUCGACAAAUCACCUGUUACAAUUACGACGCAAUGUUCUGUAUGGGUUCUGCGCGUUGUCAAGCUGCCGUGUAUCCCGAAAUUCGUCGAACCCGGACUUUUUGUUGCAUCACUCGAGAGGAAAGAUCCAUAGUAGGCCUCAGUGCUUAUCAACUUUUCCCCUCACUGACCCCUAGAACCCCGCAUGAGCGAGAAGACUGGAGUAAACCGAUUGCUUCCGCGAUCCUCUUUCUCUGUCGCCUGUCGCCUGCCGCCUGCCGCCUGCCGCCUGCCGCCUGCCGCCUGCCGCCUGCCGCCUGCCGCACGUUGGUUGGAUUGGACGGCAACUCUAACCUUGCGGAGUACUUCGCCCUUGAGAUGCUGUUGAAAUCAAGUAAAGUCGGAGCUUUACUCGAGGCAAGCCUCGCAUAUUGA